ACAAUUUAUAUCAUCCCGGGUGUAGGCUACCCGGUAUCACCCCCGUCGUCCAAAUACAACCAUGCAAUUUGCGUUUUCAGGCUGGUACAGGACAUAACAUAGCCUACUGGGCUAUUUUAUAGGAUAUGCCUGAUACUGUAGCUACUUUCUUUGGUAAGGACUAAAGGUUAUUAGUGCGAACUAGCUGUGUGAUAUCUGUCGUAGCGUCAGGCCAUCCACCAUCUGUGGAAAUGGGACAAGGGAACAGAUGGCGCAUCCGAGCCGCCCUGCAGGGCUGGCGACGCUGACUGUUAGGACAACACUGGAGAUGAGUAUCAGUCAAUAGAAUAAAAAGGCUGUCGUUAGCUUUUGCACGUAAGGCCAAUAUUUUGCAGGCAUAGCAAUGCCAAAGUGACUUGGAUACGGGUGUUUGACAGGAAGCAUUGCAUAUUGACCAGAUAGAUGCGCGACAACUCGAUCACUGGCAUCAACUUAAUCCCUGUUUAGACGUGUCUCCAGCUCCGUGAACAAUGGUUGACAACCGCUACGCUACAGCUCUGGUCAUCGCCUGUGUGCUGAGCAUACUGGCCACCGUGUAUCUUUCGGUGGCCAUCGGGACGCAGCACUGGUACCAGUACAGCAGCCCCACCGUGCGCGGAGAGGCCAACGUGUCUGAGGUGCGCUCCAUGUAUGAGGAGUUCAUGGACGGGGAGUUUGAUGAGAAAACCUACAGCGACACCCUGUUCCGCCUCAACGGGACUGUGGGCCUCUGGUGGAGGUGUGUGCUCGUUCCUGCCAACGCACAAUGGUACAAAGAGCCAGAUGUCAAGGUUAUGCUAGAGUGUCGAAGCUUCACUCUACUUCAGCAGUUCACUCCAAAGUACAAAGAACCAGGCAACCACAACAGUGGAGAAGACAUGCUGCGCACAUACUUGUGGAGGUGCCAGUUUCUGCUGCCACUGGUGUCCUUGGCUCUGGUGGUGUUGGCAGCCCUGACUGGGUUUUGUGCCUGCCUCUGCCAAAGUCUCACACCCACCCUUGGCAUAGGAGUACUUCACCUGCUGGCUGGCCUCUGCACCUUAGCCACAGUGUGCUGCUACCUGGCGGGAAUGGACCUGCUCCACAGGGUGUCGAUGCUGCCUGAUAAGGUGGAUGGCUCUCUGGGCUGGUCCCUCUACUUGGCCCUCAUUUCCUCCCCGCUCCACAUGAUGGCCGCUGCCCUUCUGGUGUGGGCAGCACGCAGCCACAGUCAGAACUACUACCGUAUGACCGCCUACAGGGUGGCAUAGACUGAGAUUCAGCUCUGGAUAUUGGCCCUGUUUAAAUUUAUAUCCCACUCUGUCACCUAGAUGCAUUUUAUAAUGUUCUCAGAGGAAUUUAAUGUGGGUUAAUCUGUGCAUUUUGCCCUCUGAUGUAUUAAAGUGCAUGUAGUAUAUAGUAAUGACAACCCUGUCCGCCGCGAUAAAGGAUUAUAUUUUUAUCUAUCUUCUGGUUACGGGAAUUGGUUUUCAAAAGGUCAACCAGAAAGAUGUGUAUAGUAGAACCUAUUCCACGUUCUGAAUAAGAAAUGGGCUCACAUUGAAAAAGUGAAAAGAAACAAAGUCAUUGCUGGCAUUUAGGAAUGCAGAAACAUCAUUAAAAAAUAAAUUGGAAGGAAGAACACUAGCAGUCAGCAUGAUUAGACAAGAUUUAAACAAAUCCUUAGAUUAGCCAAAUUUAUUUGAAAGAA